CCGGGAGUAGAAGUGGGAGGAGUAAAAUCUGUUAGGGCUGUUACUCAGUACUACUGAGUAGUAGACUCAGUCACUCGGGACGAGACGACAAACUUUGGCCCGUUCGAGUCGACUCGACUAGAUGACUCGGUUAGUCAGUUGACCGAGCGCCUUCAUCGCAUCGACUGGUGGUUUCGCUUCGCUCCCAGCUCGUAAGGGCUGACUGACUGAAGUGAAGGAAGAGGCGAACCCCGCUCCUGCGGACAACAGCAGUGUAGCUAUCGUCGGCGUGUUUCGCCUUUUGAUUUCGCGCAUUUCAUCCCGUCACGAAUGGUUGGAUUUUACUGACGCGAAGUGCACCGGGGAAUCUCACUGGUUUCGUUGGAUUUGUUUUACCUGAAGCACAAAAUGGUUUCACGGCCUGUUUCUGAAGCGAAGAUGAUGAUCGUUUGGAUAGAUAGACACGCGAGAAGAAGCUGAUUUUUGGUAUCGUCAGUCUCCAGAGACUACCAAAACAUUUAUGAAAUACUCAAACCGCAUCGCUUCCCAUAACUUUUUCGAAUAGGUUGACUGAAAGUGAAUUAGAAAAAAAGAAAAAGUGAAUGAUGAUCUAACGAAAAUAAUUUUGAACACAUUUCAAAGCCUUUGCCCAGAACUAGACCUCUGAGGGCCGUGUAAAUGAGAAACAAGAAAGUGCAAUGAUAUUUGAGAAGAAAUUCGAGAUGGUGCCAAAGGUUCUACGAAAUCUGACCCUGUGCUGUUGUUUGUGGGCGGUGUGCGCCGGUGCGUCUACGGUCGUCCUCCGGGACAAUGGCUACGAAGGCGUUGUGGUCGCUCUCGACGAUCAAAUUCCAUCCUCCGUGUGCCAGGACGUCGUCCAAGGACUCGAGGAGGUGGUAAGAUCAGCCUCCAGCGUGAUCUUCGCAGCCACUCGAGGGAGAGCCAGUUUUCGAAGUGUGAGCGUAUUAGUCCCUUCCAGUUGGAGCCCGACCUCCUGCCCAACCUUAUGGAACCUGCAAGAAGCCAUUAGCGAAACCUGGGAUCGGUCUGACCUGAGGGUCACCCUGGGUAAGCACCCACGCCACGGAUCAAGACCCUGGACCUUGCAUACCAAAGGCUGCGGCAAGACUGGAGAUUACAUCUCAAUGGGCCAUGAAUCGAUGCUUGUGAACGACACUCUUAACAAUGGACGACUCCUAGCGCAAGAAUGGCUUAAGUACCGAUACGGCGUCUUUGAAGAGGCGGGCUGGGUCGUCAAUCCGGUUCAUCCGUCCCAUUACAGAUCCUCCGACGGGCACUGGGUGCCCAACGCCUGUGCCAACGUGCCCCUCCGACCCAAUCCCUCUUGCCAUCCCGACAACUCUUCGUGCCCAUUCAAGAUCGAAGUGGAAGACAGCGAUGAACUUACGAAAUCCUUCAUGGCUUUUCCGGAACUGCCUUCAGUAACAGAAUUGUGCGACGAAGGUUCCCACAACAGAGAAGCCCCAACGCGUCACAAUUUCUUGUGCAACGGCAAAUCCGUCUGGGAAGUAAUGAGAGCGUCUCCCGAUUUCCAAAAUAACAGGAACGUCGAAGGAGGAGUCCGUGAGAAUGAGGUCUCCUUUCAGUUUGUGCGUUCACAUACGCCAAGAAUCGUUUUACUUGUAGAUGACAGCAGUGUUAUGAAUACACAGAAUCGCUGGGACUUCAUGCGCAAGGCUGUGAGAAAAUUCAUUACCUAUGACAUUCCCGAUGGCUACAGCAUUGGACUGGUCGUGUUCAACUCGAUUCCUUCCACUAGAUACCCACUGACCGUCCUCACCGACGGUUCCACUCGUGAAAAGGUUGGUUCUGCUCUUCCGAGAAAUCCCUCGAUAGAAUACGAGCAUAAUCGAUGCGUCACGUGCGGCGUAAGAGAGGCCAUGAAGCUGAUCUACGAACACGGAAUCGGAGGACACAUUGUGAUGGUGGCCGCCGGAGGAAGCUCUCUGAGUGAAGACGAAAUCUCCGAGACAUCUCAGCUACUCAAGGAUGCCCACGUGUCACUGCAUGCCAUCCUGUACCCUCUGGCGGAGAAGUAUCCCUCUCCCAACGGAGGAAUAGAAUCGCUCGCUGCUCGCUCAGGAGGCGACACCUUCAUUGUGCGUGAUGAGGGCGUAGGUGAAGAUUCGAAACUCAGUAUGUACUACAACCUCUUGGACUCCUUUUAUAACACUUUGCUCGUUGUUUGUGGCCAGUCAGUUCUUCCAGUCAAAAUACAUUCGGCUGAACAUGCAGGAGGAAAAGUGAAAGUCUCGCAAGGAAGCUUCAUAAUGGACCCAACUCUAGGAACCGACACUGCCUUUUCAGUCUUCUAUUAUGACGUGACUCAUGUGGGCAACCAGGUCCACCUGAUCAAUCCAAAGGGACAGGUUAUUGACACAGCUAAUAUGCAAAAGGAGGAUAACAAUAUCAACAUGAUCACUGUUCAUUUGGUAGAAGUGCAAGUUACACCAGGCCUUUGGCACUACAAGGUUGAGAAUCGCGCUGAUUCUCAUCAAGCGCUUUAUGUCCAAGUUACCUCGCGCCCAAGACCAACGUCCAGAGUACCCAGCGUGAGCGUUAGAGCCUGGACCAGCAAUGGCGUAGUGAAUGCAAGUGACAUUACUCAACCAUUAGCCAUCUAUGCUGAAGUAAGAGCUGGUCUGAUGGGAAUUGAGGGGGCUAAAGUCAUUGCUAGCCUUCAGAACCUUGACUACACUAGCAAUGGAACCUUAUACCCACCUCUGAGGGUUUUGUUAGUCGACAAUGGAUUUGCUGGACCAGACAUGGCAAAAGGUGAUGGUGUGUACUCCCGUUACAUACCAGGCUUGGUAUCAGCUAAAUACACAAUCAAUGUGCUCGUUGAAGGAGAAAUAGGUGGUCAUAGAUUCACUCGUCAGUCCAGACUAGGGAUAGUUGAUGUUACGGAAAUGCCUCCCAUCAAAGAUAACCUUUCACCAUCUCGAGUCGUAGACUUUCGAGCAGUUGUACUUCCCGACACAGUGAAUCAAAUCAGCUUUUCUUGGACAGCUCCUGGAGAUGACUUUGACUUUGGUACUGCUGACCGUUACGUAGUUCUUUCGUCAGACAAGCAACAAGAAUUGAUUGACGGUGGCGGCACAAUGAUAGAAGGAUGGCCAUCGCCACUAGAAUCAUCUACUGUACAACAACAUUCCAUUGAAUGGGAACAUUAUGAAACAGUGUAUUACUUUGCAAUAGUGGCAGUGGAUGAAAGUGGAAAUACAGCUGCGCUUAGCAAUAUUGUUAACAUCUAUAUUCCUACUCCACCUACUACUACUGCUCCGCCAAUGUCUUUAAGGCCAACCGCCUUCUCAGACAACACGUCAGUAGGCAAAGACAGUAACACAGCUCCAAUGCUUGCCCACUUUACCAUGCACAAGCUCGCUCUUAUAUUUGGAUGUAUAGGUGGUCUUAUUAUUGUAAUCAUGGCAGUUGUGUGUUAUUGCGUGAUUCACCAUCGGCAGCACCAAAAGACAUCAUCUGGUAAAAAUCACGAUGUUCAAGAUACUUACAACAUUAAUGUUACUGUGGCAUCUAAGGGUGUUGAGUUCCCCGAAGGAAAAGAUACCAUGAAAGAAAACAUGAAAAGGGAAUACGUAAGUCCCGUUGAGUCAUGGUCGGCUUCAGAGCUCCUCAGUAGCCAUCAUGAUGAAAAUAUGUCAAGUCGAUCUGAUGACAACUCAGAUCACAGCACAUCAACCAAAAAGAGUUACGGAGGAUCUUCGGACCCCAACGAUUACCUCAUUGAAGGCAGUCAGUACCCCUUCCAGCACACCAGCUAUCCUCUGCAUUACCGCGUUUCCAGUGAUGGCUACCCAACACCCACUAAAGGAUAUCCAGGUGACAGCUACCCUCCUCCCUCAGAGGCACAAUCAUACAUUAGCUCACAACCUUCAGAUUCGUUCCUGUCUGUGUCAUGUGAUAUCCUCCCUUCCUCCCAUGGGCCUCCAUCAUACAUGCCUUACCCAUGCUACGAUGCGUCCCUUAGAUCUAACAAAGUCCCACCUCCCAUUCCGCCUAAGCCUAAAGUACUGUAUACCCCUGAGCCGUACAGCUACGAUCGUCACUCCUUGGAUCGGCACUCUGGUGUGCCUUCCUCAGCAAGUUCGGAGAAGCGAGUGCGCAAUGUCACGAUGGUAUAAAAAUGAUGCAGACUACUUUUAGCAGUUGUCAAGUGUUCUUUGGCAUUAUUGAAACGGAUAAGACAAUUGUGAUAUUAGUGAAGUAAGAGAGACGCAAACUUUUUAUCAUAUUCAGUCUUAAAGGCACUGACAAUGCAUUUUCGGAACUGAAUUGUUUAUCAGUUUUAGUGAAAAACGAAGCUCUAAAUUAUUGCUGGAAAAAUACUGACAUUAAGAUUUCUAAAAAAAAAAAAAAAAUCUACGAAUCACUGCCAGUGAGAAAUUUAAAUGGAAUAGUUAGAAAAUGCUCCAUAUUCCUAUCUCGGAAUGGUUCUUGCGUGAAAUCAUUUUAAAUCAUGGCAGUGUUAAGAGGAUGUGGAUUCUUUGCAAAGGGAGUAAACGACGGCAUCUGAGGUGGUACAUAGAAGCAAAUAAGCUGCAAGUUUUACCCAAAGACGUUCGUCACAUGUGGUUUUUUGCCAUGUAGUUACUGAGUUUGCAUAUGUGUUUACUGGGCUUUUAAAUCUGUGGCAGAUCCAAAGAGGUUAACCCAUUGAAAUCAAUACCAAUAACGCUAAUAAUUGUACUACUACUUUUUGUGUAUAAAUUUACACUUUUACAAUAGUUUAUUUGGUUACAAGGUCCACGGUUGUAUAUGUAUACAGUAUGUGUAUACUGUACAAUUGAGGGUCUUUUAACCUUAAAAAGCACAACUAGUGCUCUGUUUGCGAGGAGUUUAUUGAUUUUUCAAGUAAUUUUAAUCAUUUCUAAGCCAAGGGAAAGUAUAGCACCUUUAGAAAUCAAUUAGUAAGGCAGGAAUAAUUGGCCGAUUUACUUCAUCUCAUCUUUUUGUAUGUUUUACUUCGUAAAUGGUCUGAGCAAGUAAACUCUUUUUGAACAGUAUUUUAUGUUUAAGGAACAUAAAUACAAAACAUGUUUGUUACUUAUAUGAACUUGUUCUUGUAUUAUCACAAAGCUAGCAAUUGUGUUAGAGUUCAUUUGAUGCUGUUCUUGGAGCAAAGAAAAAAGUAACAUCAAUGUGGUCAAUUGACGUGAGAAGUUCUGUGUAAUCUUAUGAUGAGGUCUAUGAUAAUCAGAUUUCUCAGUGAAAUAUGCAAGCCGUGCUCAAAUGGAAAUCCUUUUCCGAAUGCAUGCAAAGGAGAUCCAACCUAAGUUCAUCUUCAAAUGAAAGUCUCCUUGCAGAUUAUACAAUUCGAGGAGUGUGCUUAAUCAUAGACACAGAGGAUGUCUUUGCAAUUCUAGCUAGGGUACCUACCAUGGGUUUUUCUUUGUUCCUCUUCCUACUCAACAUUCUUCACGAUUCGGCAUGCCUGCUCGGCCGUGCUUUAGACUUGUUUUUGUUAUGUACGUUACCCUGGGUUUAACUGCUGUGACUAUUUAAAGAUGAGAGGAUCUUCUCUGUGAUUUUUGCCGUAUUGUUUAUGCAUGCUCAUUAGAAGGAAAAAUAUGUCAGAAGCAAAAUUUGUAAUUCACUGAUUGGUUCUCUCUCUCUCUCUCUCUCUCUCUCUCUCUCUCUCUCUCUCUCUCUCUCUCUCUCUCUCUCUCUCUCUCUUAGCUUCACAGGUCUCUUAAGGAUCUACCACUGAUUCAGCAGUGUGAUGUGUGAAAUCUUGAUACAUCCCGUGACGUGGCAAAGACAGACAAUGAAGAAAAUGUGGUGUCGUUGUCAUGUUAUGAAAACUGGUAGAGUUAGAAUUCAUUUAAAAAUAACGAGCAGUUUAAUUUCAUUUACAGUUUUACACUUGCAUACAUGCCAGACCGAUAGAUAAGGAGUCGAUUAAGAGGCUAAGAAUAAAGGAAAACGCGGCAGUGCCUUAGUGCAGGCACAGCCGAAUCUGACGUAAGUGGACACAAAGUUUCACUCUCUGCGCAUCCAGUGCUUUCUGUUCAGGCACUCCUUUCACGAGUUCGGUUUCAGGUUCGGGAUGGCUUUGUAUCCCAAGAUCCACAUAGUUCUGAACUGCGCUAGUCAUCCAUUCUUGUACUGUACGAUAUUCAGUGUAUGGACUAGAAGCAAUUCAGUUUUCCCUAACUUUUUUUUUUUUUUUUUUUUUUUUGCUCUUUUUCUAGUCAUGAAUAAGUAUCACUGAAAUACACAGUAUUGGUUCUGUUAAGAGACAUAAACUUGUACAGUGUCACUCCAUUGUAAUAUAAGAUAUUCUUCAAUGUUAUGUAUUUACUUUGCAAUACAACAUAUUGUUCGAUUUUGUAUAUUGUUUUGUAAAUAAAAUGUUCAUAAUA